AUGGUUGCGCAGCCCGUGCAGAAGGUUUUCCCAUUGACCUUGAAAAUCACCAAUUUGCCGUCUUCUAACAGCAGCAGACCAUGGAGGAUCCCGGUGAGAAUAGAUUGUUAUUUAUCACAUAUAAAGAUGGCUGGAUUAAGCUUCGACAACUUCCAAAGAAAUCAAUACAUUGCCUCCAAAGGGGUGGCCAUGCCUAAGGCUACCUCCACAGGUACCACAAUUGUUGGUUGCAAGUUCAACGGUGGCGUUGUGAUUGCUGCAGAUACCAGAGCUACUGCUGGUCCAAUUGUUGCUGACAAGAACUGUGAGAAAUUGCACAAGCUUUCUCCAAAGAUAUGGUGUGCUGGUGCCGGUACUGCCGCUGACACUGAGAUGGUGACACAAUUAAUAGGCUCGAAUUUGGAGCUUCAUUCACUUUAUACCAAUCGUGAACCAAGAGUGAUAGCUUCUCUCACGUUAUUGAAACAACAUUUAUUUAAAUACCAGGGCCACAUUGGUGCCUAUUUGAUUGUUGCCGGUGUUGAUCCAACUGGAGCUCACUUGUUUUCUAUCCACGCCCACGGGUCAACGGAUGUUGGUCCUUACCAAACUUUGGGUUCUGGUUCUUUGGCCGCCAUGUCGGUUAUGGAAACUCAAUGGAAAGAAAAUAUGACCAAAGAAGAGUGUAUCAAAUUGUGUGCCGACGCCAUUGAAGCUGGUAUUUGGAACGAUUUGGGUUCUGGUUCUAACGUAGAUGUUUGUGUCAUGGAAGUUGGCAAAGAUGCACAAUUGUUGAGAAAUUACAUAACACCAAACAUCAGAGAACAAAAGGCAAAGAGCUAUAAGUUCAAGAAAGGCACUACUGCCAUUUUGAGGGAAAGUAUUUACAAUCUUGUUGAUGUGGAGGAAACUGAGAUUCCCGUUCCAAUGGAGGUAGACGCUUAA